AAACUUAAAAAUAGUCUCCUAUUACACUUCAAACUUAAAAAAGUCUCCUAUUACAAUUCUAAUUUCCACCUCCCAGUCUCAACAGAGGGUGGUUUUACACACAAAAACAAAGGGAAGCCAAAUGUGAGUUGGUCAAUCGGAAAAAUAUUCAUCAGGCAUGGCUAUUGAUAUCCAAACCAUUGAACGAAGGUACAUUGUUUCGUGCCAUCAGAAAGGGAUUCCACCGAAUAAAUCAAUUUUAUUUGCAUUGUUUAAGGUGGGAGAAGAUGUUUAUGUAUACCGGAACUUUAUGCAAGGUUUAUUCCCUGUCAGAUUCAGGACUUUAUUUAGUGAAAAGUUUUUAUUGAUCCUCAGAACUUGUGUAUGGCUAAGGUCAAGAAAAGCCAUCAUGAGGUUUGUAACCUUGUAAUAUGCAUGGAUGAUGUGAAGGAUGUGGAUUUUAAUCCACUUGUUAGAUUACUUAUGGAAAUUGAUGAGUCUGAGAUCAACGGAGUCGACAUUAUUCAGAGAUCAUCAUGCUUCAUGAGUGUAGAAAAUGUUCUUUUAUUUUUUCAGAAAAUUUUGAGUAUCUACCAUACAAAAGGAAGAAUGAAGAGAGUCUGGUUAGUAUCUUACAAAAUCGUAAAAUGGAAGCAAGCAGUAGUUUUUCCCACAGAUGUAAAAGAAGGCCGUUUUACGCUUCAGGAAAUUCUCAGUACAUAUAUUCCAGGUCCCUUUGUGCUGCGAAAUUAGGUUCAUCUGCUUGGCCUUUCUUGCGCCCUCUUUCUAUAUGAGGCAAGGUAUCCGCAGAUGAUAGGACAUUCCGUCCUCGACAGUUUGAGUACCAUCCAUCUAACUCCAGCCUUAUGGUUUUUGGGACGCUGGAUGGUGAAGUAGUUGCUAUGACCCAUGAAAGCGAGAAGAUUGUUAGCUACAUUCCAUCCUUGGGAGCAAUGAAUAGUGUCCUUGGACUGUCUUGGCUCAAGAAGUAUCCUUCUAAGGUACAUCACUAUCAAAUUAAACAGACAAACUUUAUUCUUGCUUCAGCAUUUUGUUCUUCCAAAAACACGGAAGGUGAAUAAAUUUUGAAGUGCUCUAUAAGUUCAUAAAAUUAUGUUAUGUAUAUACAACCUACAAUGCUUCUGUUUUUCUUAAUUAUUUGACAAUUGUUCGCUAUAUAUAGCUGUAAUCUAUCUUACACAUGCUCGGUGAUGGGUUUGGGACACAUGGCAGAGCCAAGUGUGGGAAUAUUACUUUUUUAGAAUUAUUAUGUAUGGAUUUUAAACUGGACGCAGGCUUGGGGACUCUUCUUGCAUGUAAAGCUUAAAAGGUAGUUCUCAUAGGUUUUUGUUUUGAUUUUAAGGUGUAGUUUAUUUGCAGAACAGGAUUCAUUCAGCUUUCGAUAGGCCGUUAACAAUGUGGAAAAAGUACUGUUUGCACCAUUGUUUUGCUCUUCCGCUAGGAUUCACGCUGCCCGUAAAGGUGAGUUGUUUUGUGAUUUAAGUUGUUAUGGAUUUCAUGCUCUUUUUUUGUAUAUAGUCUUGCUGAUUUGUUUGUUGGUUUGAAUCAUGUGGAAGAUGUGUUGUGUGUUGCAGUAAUUAUGUUUGUGCAUCUUUUUAAAUGCCAGCCCGGAACUUCAUGCAUAACUAAUGCAAUUUUUGUAGUGUUGUGCUCUAUAAUUAUGUUGUUAUAAGUCUUAACUCAAAUAUAUGUAAUGAUGAUGAUGUAUAGAUCGGUGGUGAAUGGUGAUGUAUACACUUCAAUUGUGUUAUGAACUAGCAAUUUUAACAAAGUCAAUCAACUAACUCAACUCAAGCAAAACAUGUGUAUAAACUAUCACACGAUAAUCAUACUAUAAUGAAAGAUUAUCUGGCUUUUAAGAUGCCUAGGCACUCCUAUCGGCUAUCAGCUAUAGAUAACAAUAUUCAGAGAUGAGAUCCCCAGUUUUUAAGAUGCCUAGGCACUCCUAUCAGCUAUAGAUAACAAUAUUCAGAGAUGAGAUCCCCAGUUUGGCCGAUGCUAACUCCUUAUACUCCCAGUAUGUGCCUGCACCUGACUCAUUAAGUAGAAAGUCUGUUUUACUCUCGAGUAACGGCUGACUUGUGUUGCCCACCUCCUUUGCUUCUAGUGCUUUCAUCUUCUGUUUUUGUUGUUUCCUGGCCUCCUUUGCUUCUAGUGCUUUCAUCUUCCGUUUUUGUUAUUUCCUGGAAUACAUCCGACGUUGCUGUGUAGUAAAAGAAUGCAUCACAAAUUGCUUCAAAAUCUAAGUGUUAGAUAUACGGGAAUACGUGUGGAGAGUGCAGAGAGGAAUUUAUAUUUUCUGGAGCACUGUUGCACAUGUAGAUAUCUAUAUGUUUCUUCAUACUCUGUAUGACUAGGAUUUUGCUGUCAUAGCCUCCAUGAUCUGUGUCGAAUUUUCAAAUGAAAAUCCUAAAAUUUGCAAAAACUAAGAAACCGAUCUGAGUUCAGUUAACAUAAGUUGUAGCAUAGUCUAUAUUGCUUUUUGAAUCUACCUACUGCCUUCAUCGUGUUCAAGUAUGUCAUUUUGCAGUUUUUCUAUGAUUAAGGUUGUUUGUGGCAGAAGAUUGUUCAGUUCAGGGUUUUAAUGAGUAUUAUAGUGAUAGGGUACUCCGGAGUAUUCGUUUUGUUUAUAAACUUAGGGUUUUUUUUUUCUUUUGCAAAGAGUUUGUAAGUUCUUGUGUGGUGGCUUAUUUGUGAAUAACUUGUGGCAUUGUUUAUGCUGUAAUGUGACCUAGACACAAGGGGUUGGAAUAUAUUUUGACACAGGAGGUUAGGUUGGAAUAUAUUUUGACACAGGAGGUUAGGAUGUGUUUUCUUUUUGAAAAAAAAUUUAAUAAGAGACUCGAAGAUGACUUACUAGCUUUUAUGCAAAUCCCGAGUGUAUCAUAAAAAAAAACUAAGAAUGAAUGAAGCACAUAAAGUGUUUGAUCCGAAAUUCAGUUGAAUUCUGUUUAUAAAACUUUGUGUUUAAAAUAGAUAUAGCAUAAUUAGCACAUAUCCUGGUUCAAAUUUAAACUAAUCUGACUUAUCUAAAUAUCUAUAUAUAACUAACUAAUAUCCUGCCAUGAAGGAUUGUUAUUGACUAAGUUCCACAGAUUUUUAUUUGAUUACUUCAGCUGACAGCCAUAUUAGUACCACAUUUCUGAAAAAGAUCGGCGGACACAUAUAUCCGGAUUCUGCAAUGCUCAAUUUUCAAAUGAGGACGGCCAUUAUAAACCGGAUGGAUACCCCGUACACCCAGAUCAGAUGGAUGAAUUUACAUGUCUUCAAUGUAAAGUUGCUCUACUCAUGGGAUGUCUUUCGGCUUAUCUUACACAAUCCAUUAACUUCUAUCUAGAUCUAUUGUAAAAUUAUUUUCAAUUCAUUUUUAUGUAAGACUUAUAAUGCAAGUGAUUUAGACACUUAAUAUUAUUAUUAUUAU